CUGGUUUCUUUUAGAAGAAAUGUGGACGUCUCGGUGACAUACGGCAACUCGUUUCCAUUCCUUAAUCGGAGAUUGUUCACACUUCGUCUUUCAAGUUAUGUUUAUCCGCUUGAAGAUGUUGUUUAUUUGUGGGCUAAUUCGCCUCCACUCGUUAAUCCAGUCGAAGUGUCAAAUGAUUUGCUAACGGGCGCUAUCAGCUUCGAAGAGGCGAGUGCUGGUGACUGUAUUGGGAAUUUUACACUCGGAACAUAUUCUUGCAUUGACGUGGUCGUCACAUUCAGCACUUCCACAUUCACAUCUCUCCUCAUUUGGUUUCUUCCCACCGUAUUUCUGAUUGUCGCCUCAUGGUUGCAUUUUUGGGUGCAUGGAAGUUGGUCGGUUCCGAGAACGAUCUCCGCCGCUCUACCUCCUUUCUUAUGGAUAAGGAACCGAAUCAUCUCUAAUCCCAUUUCUCUUCAAACUGCACUUCAUUAUAUCUCUAUAAAAUUAGUCUUUCUUUUUUACCGAAAUGUUUUUCUUAAGGUCGAGUAUUUCGUUGUAAUCUGCUGUGGUAUUCGACGAUCAAUACGGUAUACCGCCAAUGGUCAUCCAGAUGAGCAUCCAAUGGGGACCACUAAAGAGGCACUGGAAGUGGCCUAUGACACAAGGUGCGCUAAGAUCAGGAACAACAAUGGCAUCGACGUACUAGCUCGCUUUCUUUUUCCACUCAUUUUUAUCAUUUAUUUAGUUAUUUAUAUUGUUUUUUUCAUUUAA